UUAUUUUGUGUGAGAAGUGAACAGAAAAGUCAGAGUAUGCUACUCGGCAUUUUCACUUUUAAACGGCAAUCGAAACCUUUCUUGAUCAAUUUGGAGUUCCAAACUCGCCCGUUUACUUGGAACUCGGUUUCUUUGUUUCACAAAACCUUCAGAACAAAGCACUGCAUUAUAUAUUGCAGGCCAUGAGUCAGUGAAUUGUAGAGCUGUAGCUGCUUGUGCAAAAUUCCAAUCACACUGGUUCAUCAAAAAAUUCCAAUCACGCUGAAUUUAAUUGAAUCCCGCUGCUGACUUCAUGGCGGAGAGCGAUCGCGAUCAUCAAGAAGGAAAGUCCAAGGCUACACCCCUUGGAACCAUUGAAGAAGUUGUGGUGAUGAGCUCCCAUGAAAGACUUCAUGAACUUUUAGACCGAGCGUCUGCAUCCAAUACACUGGCCAGCUCCUCCAUUUCUACUCCUACUUCAGAAAUGGACAUUACUACGAUUUUGGUUGGUUCUGAUUACUUUCCCACCGACAUCGGACUAAUGAUUUUGGCAGUAUUGGAGCAGCUAGAGCAAUCUGUUCUAGCCUACCCCGAAGCCUAUCCUGAGUAUGAUAUGGCCAAAAACUUGAGCGAACAAGUCAAAGCUACGAAACAGCUUCUUCAACCUAAGGUUCAGUUUUGUGACAGCAAGGAGAGAGAAUUUCAAGACCUUGCAGAGAGGAAAUUCUGGAUUGAAACCAGGCAGGCCGCAAUAGUUGCGGAAAUUCACGACGCCAUCAAAGAGACUGAACCGAUCCAGGCACAACUCGAGAAAUUGCUCCUGCAGCAAGAUCAAUUUAAAGAAAAUGAGGGUAAUCUCAAGACCAUCUUGGAUAUUGGAGAUGGCCUCUGGACAACCUUGAAGAACAUAAUUCACCCCCACCUCCCCACGUGA